AGCCUGCAGGCAGCCAUGCACAGACACAGGGGGGCAGUGGUUGACAGGAUGCUUAUCACUGAACUGAACCACCCUUUUAACUGCAGCUCAACCACAAAUCCCACCAGUUCAGUCAAAUUCACAACCAUGUUCGUCUCGUUGAUCCUGCUGUGGCUCUGUAUCUGUAUCUUAUUCCUCCAACUGAGACCCCGGAGGCCCAAGAACUUCCCACCAGGACCCCCUGUCCUGCCCAUGCUAGGGAACCUUCUGUACCUGAGUUUAGACAAUCCUUUGAAGGACUUUGAGAGGUUAAGGAAAGCCUACGGAAAUGUCUACAGCCUUUUUAUUGGCCCAAGGCCAGCUGUGAUCCUUAAUGGGUUCAAGGCCAUGAAGGAAGCCAUGGUGAUCAAAGCCACUGAUUUCGCUGGGCGACCCCAAGAUCUGUUUGUGAAUGAUGUUAGCAAGAGGAGAGGUGUGAUACUGGCAGAUUAUGGCGAAAGCUGGAGGGAUCAUCGUCGCUUUGCUCUGAUGACUUUAAGGAACUUUGGUCUGGGAAAGAAGUCGAUGGAGGAAAGAAUUUCUGAAGAGAUUCAGCACACUGUAAAAACACUGGAGGACAACAUUGGUACACCCUUUAGUCCUCAGGUUAUGUUUCACAAUGCAGCGUCAAACAUCAUCUGCCAGGUUCUGUUUGGUAAACGCUUCGAAUACGAUGAUGAAAUGAUCAAAACGAUUGUUCAGUGCUUUACCAGAAACUCUAAGAUAGCCAACGGACCGUGGGCCAUGUUAUAUGACUCCAUUCCAUUAAUCCGUAACCUGCCUUUGCCAUUCCGAGAGGCCUUCAAGAAUGCUGAGAUUUGUGUAUCUGUUGGAACUAACUUGGUAAAAGAGCACAAAGAGACGAGGAUCCGUGGACAGCCUCGAGACUUUGUAGACUGUUACCUGGAUGAACUGGAAAAGAGGGGAGAUGACUCUUCAUUUUCAGAGGACCAGCUAAUUAUAUAUGCUUUAGAUCUUCAUUUUGCUGGGACCGACACGACAUCCAAUACUCUGCUGACGGGUUUUUUUUACAUGAUGAACUAUCCACAAAUACAAGAGAAAUGUCAACAAGAGAUCGAUCAAGUGUUGGAGGGGAAACAUCAGGUGACGUUCGAGGACAGACACAACAUGCCUUACAUGCAGGCUGUAAUCCACGAAGUGCAAAGAGUCGCCAACACUGUUCCUCUCAGCGUCUUCCACAGCACGACUAAAGAAACGGAGCUCAUGGGAUACACCAUCCCUAAAGGCACCAUGAUCAUCCAAAACAUGGGGUCAGUGCUGACGGAGGAAACACAGUGGAAGUUUCCUCAUGAAUUCAAACCUGAGAACUUCCUCAACGAGAAGGGAGAGUUUGUCAAGCCAGAAGCUUUCAUGCCGUUCUCUGCAGGUCCUCGAAUGUGCCUGGGAGAAGGCCUGGCUCGUAUGGAGCUCUUCAUCAUCAUGGUGACUCUGCUGAGGAAGUUCAAGUUCACCUGGCCUGAAGAUGCAGGAGAGCCGGACUUCACUCCAGUGUAUGGGGUCACUUUGACUCCUAAACCUUACUUUAUGAAAGUCCAAUACAGAGAAAAACAGUGAGGUGUUGCUCUAACGCUCAACAUAACAUGCACGUAUCAAAGAGACCUUUCAAGUCUUAUUUCACAGCAAAAAAAAAAAAAUAGUUAAAGAAAUGUAGAUUUUACAAAUUAGUUUUGCUAUAAAGGUAGACACAAACACAUUGCUUUGUUCUUCUGGAUUUUGUAAAUGCAAGUACGGAUUUUGGUGUUUGGUUUUCCCCAUCGACCAGUGACGAGUGGUGAGGUUUUACAGCUGCUGAGGCACUAACCUCAUCAGUCCGAUUUACAAACAUAUGAACCCUACAGAGUUUUUUACCUUUAAUGAUGAAAAAGUAUAUUCAUCUUAUUUAAUUUUGUUAGGCUUAGUGUGUCUUAACAUUGUCAGGAUUUGUGUGUGGGUGUGUGUCUAGAGUAAACAAAUAUGGCAUUAUGAGAAAAAGCUGAGAAUACAGACUGAACAUUUUUAAUGCAGCUUCAUUCUAAGUAAGGGGGUCUAUAAUUUGGGGAAUAAAAGCAGGUCUGAAAUCAAAGCAUUUAGGCAAAUAAGGUAAUAAAAACCUUUGCAUGAGUAAUUACAUAAUUCAAAACUAUUUUGGUAAAAGUUUCUUUAAUUGUAUAAAGAAAAUAUCUUUAAAAAAUGUAUGUACUUAUGAUAAAAGAUUUAGAACCUUUGUGAA